AUGGAUUACAUUCAACCCAGGCAUCUUUACACUCGUUUACUUGAGAAUGUACCGUGGAAAUCCGCGGACCCUAAUGUGAAGGGUGAUCCAAGGAAAAGUGUCAAGUGGAUUGAUGGCCUACGAGGCAUUGCUUCAGUUCUGGUCCUCCUGACACAUCUUGCUCGAGGCUGGGACUAUGACCUCUUUUCCCCUCGAGAUGACGCAGAUGCCAGCCCCCGCAUAUUGCAAUGGCCUAUUUUGCGAGUUCCAGGGCAAGGUCGCCUUGGUGUAACCAUCUUCGGCCUUCUGACCGGUUAUGUGUGCGCCCUCAAGCCCAUUAAGCAGUCCCGCAAUGGUGACCACUUGGGCGCUUUUACGUCGGUAGCCAAGAGCGCAUUCCGCCGUCCACCUCGUCUGAUAUUCCCUGCCACUAUCGUCCUGAUCAUUUCGUGGGUGAUGACUCAGUUUGGAGCUUACAUUGUUGCCAAUCGUUCGGAUUGUUGGUGGUGCCGUCAUGCUUCUCCUGAUUUGGCCGAUUCGUUUUGGGAAGAGGUCCUCCGGUUAUUCAAGAAUUUCCUCAGUGUUUGGACUACCGGGUAUAUGGCGUAUGAUGACCAUCAGUGGGCUUUGCUACCACUUUUGAAGUCAUCCAUGCUUGUGUAUGUCCUCCUUUGCAUCACCAUGUUCGUCAAGUUCCGUUGGCGCUUGGCGAUUUAUCUUGGGAUGUUCCUCUACUUCCACCAAGAUGCGGCCGCAAAUACAGGUAUGUUCUCUCCUCUGUCAUCCUUCGCUCUCUACAUUUCUCACCAAGGCUUUGAAGAAACUUUUCAAAUGCAAGCUGUCUACGGCAUGUUCCUCAGCGACCUUUCCUACGAGACCGCAUUUAAAGAGUUCGUUGAGCGUCACAACCGGGGCCGCAGGGUUGUGUCGGCCAUCUGUGGAAUUUCUGGUCUUUUUAUCUGCUCAUACCCCGGCGAGCACCCAGAAUGGGCGACAUGGUCCAACUUUAUGCUUAAGCUGGCUCAUUACAUCUUCCCUCCCAAUGUGGACAUUGGCAAACGCUAUUCAGCCAUUGGCAUUGACUUGAUCGUCUUCGCUAUUUACAUCUCACCUUCAACCAAAGACUUCUUGUCAAGUCGGCUGCUUCUCUGGUUCGGGAAGCAGAGUUUUGCGGUAUAUCUUGUGCACGGAACGCUGCUUCGCACCGUGCUAUGUUGGAUGAUAUAUGGAAUUACCGGCCAGCCUUGGGACGGCGAACCCGUCGAUGGCAACGGAAACCGCAUUCUGGACGAGAAUGGCGAGCCGCUUCCACCCCACUGGAUUCCCAGGCGUCCUUCAUGGGUUCUUGCCAUCUCUAUGCCAGCUUGGUUUGCGCUCGUUUAUCUAUGUGCAUCACUUUGGACCUCCUAUGUGGACCCGUUCUGCGCUAAGAUGACGCAGAAGCUGGAGAAUUUGAUGUUCGAUGAAGUUGAGAAAUCACAGGAAGCACUUCCUCUUACUCGCAUGCCAAUGAGAACCAUGCCGAUGACUUCCGCGUAA